AAUAAGAACUCUUCCAGUUUUUUUCUUCUUUCUUCUUCCAGUUUUACUAUAAACUUUUGACAACAACAACAAUGGCGGCUACUACUCGUAGAUCAAGUGGACCAGUAAUCCGUUCACUUUCACCUGCCGGAAAAUUCUAUUCACCGAGUCAGAGAACGUCAAAGACUACCUCUUCGGCUUUUGCUUCUUCAACAUCCGGUUUUUCCACCGGUUCACACCCAAUUCUCAGCAGAUCAACUUCACCGAACCGCGUAAAUUUAUACAGUACCUCAAGCUCGAGGUCUUCGUCGUCAGUACGGUUCUCAUUGGACCGUGCGACUUCACCGAGCCGGUCUAUAUCAGCAGUGAACCGGAAUAAUCACAUCGUUAAGAACCAGAGUCAUAAUAAUCGUAGCGGUCAAAAGAAGGCGUGUAUGUGCUCACCUACUACACAUCCAGGUUCGUUCCGAUGUAGUCUACAUAAGCAUACGAGUCCUAAUACAAGCCGUAGUACGACGUCGUCGUACAGUUCGAACCAGUUGAAUAUGAGGAGAUCAGCUAUGACGAAUUCACUAGUCAGAAUCGGAACAGUAGAAGGUGAUUUGGUGAAGAGAGCGUUAGCGGCUCUGAUUCGUCCUUCGUCUCAUCAACAACGUCGCAGGGCUAAUUUCCAGUGUAGACCUAGCCGGCUCUCCGUCAUGUCCAAGGCCUGAGAUUAAAAUUUGACUUUAGGCCACUAAUUUGAAGGACUCAAGUGGAGGUCGGGAUGGAACGGUUUUUUUGUGUACUCUCCGGUGGCCGAAACCCUAAGAUCCGACUGUGUAUAGACUAGAUAGUUAAAUAUUUUUUUUUUUUACUAAUAACAUAUAAACAGAAUCCUCUAAAUUUUGGUAUUGCUGUCC